AUGGGCUCAUCGGUCGCUUCUGGCUCAGCAAAGUUGUCAGGGGUCGAGCAACUUCAUUCAUUCCUAAAGGCGAUCAAAGAGUCAAACGUCCACGAUUUGGACACUGCUCGUGUUUACAAUUCUGGAAGAAGCGAAGAGGAUCUCGGCAAGAUUCCAGAGGCCAAAGAUGAAUUCUCCAUCGCGACAAAGGCCCCAGGAUUCUCGCCAGGCUCACUAGCGUUCGACAACAUCAUCAAUAACUGUGCUGCUUCUCUUGCUGCUCUCAAGCAAGAACGAUUGGAUCUUUACUAUCUUCAUGGACCCGAUAGAUCAACACCGCUUGUAGAGUCCCUCCGCGCCAUCAACCAGCUAUUCCAGGAGGGAAAACUAGCUGCUUUUGGAAUCAGUAAUUACCACGCCACCGAAGUCGAAGAAAUCCUCCGUUUGUGCGCCAAGCAUGGUUUCGUCCGGCCAUCAAUUUAUCAAGGUGGCUACAAUCCUCUACUGAGAGCUGCCGACAAGGAAUUGUUCCCCCUCCUACGACGUCACAACAUCAGCUUCUACGCUUACAGUCCACUGGCAGGAGGUUUCUUCUCUCGACCGGUCGCAGAAUUGCGCAACCCCCCUUCAGGAAGCAGGAUGGAGCAAAUGCACGUCUUCUCUAUGAUGUACGUCAACGACUUGAGCUUGGCUAUGCACGAGCAAUUGAGUCAGGCGUGCAAGAAAGAAGGCCUGACUUUGAAAGAAGCUACUUUGGGAUGGAUGAUGCAUCAUUCAAUGUUGGGAGCAGACGACGGUAUCAUAAUCGGUGCCAGUACUCCUGAGCAGGUGCGGGAGAAUGUGAGGGCAUGUGGAGGCGGACCUUUGGCCUCGAGUAUGGUGGAACUGUUCGAGGAUAUUUGGAGGAGAUUUCAUGGGGCUGGGUACUCUCAGCACUACUCGAUCCCAUUGUAG